AGACACCGAGCGGAGGUGGGGAGCUCCUCGGGGCCGUGGAGGCGCUGGCGGCUCCGGUGGUGCCGGGGGAAGCGAGCGCCUGGAGAACAGAUCGAGAGCUGCCGGUGCCCGCCGCUCCAGCGGCCGAAUUACCAAAGUUUCUGCUGCUCUGCCCGAGUCUUUGCACUGCGGACGUCCCAAGGGCCUUCCCCUGUCUGCAGAUAUGAAGCACUGUGCCCUGUGAUACUUACUUUGCUGGUUCUCACCUGUCAGAGGAUGGCUGCCACACCCUGUGAGAACUGUUCUGGUCAGUACCACUCCACUCAUGUCCACCAGCCACUUGAAAUCAGCUUCAUGUUGCUCCUGAUUAUGCUUGGCAAAGUGUUCCUUGAUCUCUUCAUGCUGCAAAUGAAGCAAAAAAAAGUGAAAGUUAGUUUUAUGGGCUACUUCUGCAUUUCACUGGCACUGCUGGACUUCACACUGCUGCUGACUAUAUCCUUUAUUUUCUGUUUUGAGGACUUUGCCCUCUGGGGUGUGCGAUUCACUCAGUACCACGUUUGCCUCUUCACUCAGAUAAUUUCUCUGACCUACAGUAUUGUGCACUACCCGGUGUAUCUUGUGGCUGGCCUGGAUUAUUACAUGACUAUAGCCCAAACCUCUCAGUUUCCUAAAAGAGGUCACAGGUUAGUUUAUGUGCUGCUUGUGGUUGUUAUAUGGAUUACAGCCUUUUUCUGGAUUUUGGAAGUUCCUGCUGUCUAUGAAGAACUGGAAAUUCAGAACCGUUUUUCUCCGUAUCAGUGUCCCCUCUAUGCCAGCCUGCAGAGCUACUCAGUCUCAUGUGCUGUGGUGUUGCUUGUAGGCACAGCUCUCCUGGCCUGUUGGAAGGAAGUGCUAAGCAUGUUGUUGUCUGUCAGAGUAAUUUCCUUCUCCAGCCAGCCUGUUCUGAUGUUCUCCUAUGUGUCUAACAACAGCAGCACCAGCUUUAAGCGGCAGCUCCUGACCAGACUCCUCAUCUGUUUUCUGGGCACCUGGGCACCUUUUGUUCUCCUUCAAGUUAUCAUUUUGUUUCUUGGUGCUCAGAUUCCAGCCUACAUGGAAAUGAACGUCCCCUGGCUGUACUUCAUCAACAGCUUUCUCAUCGCAGUGGCAUACUGGUGUCGCUGUCAGGACGUUGAAUUGACAGAGGAGAUGUGGUCUACAGAUCCAUUUGUCAGCUGGAAAUUCUGCUUUAUGCCGUUUAACAAUGAAAACACAGAGCCAGCUGAUAAGCUGGGCACAGUAAUUGUUAUCUGUUAAUGAGCUGCUGCCUGAAAAGACUGCAAAUAAAGAAGAGCUGUGAACAGAAGCGUUUACUCUGAUGUAAUGGGAUGGUGUCCUUACAGAUAACACAAGGAAACAUCUCCAUGGAAUAAAGUCCAGCACCCACCGACAGUCAUGAGUACUGACACCACAGUGCGAGAUGCUGUGCCUUUCCACACUGGGUUCCAGUGGGCAGCAAGCAGCUGCCUGUUCAGGUGCACGUAACUUGAAAGUACAAGUUUAAGGCAAGAGCAAUGCUUACAAAAUCAGGUUUUCAGUUAAACCUUCUGUUUGUGACUGGAAUUUUACACUUGCUCUAAGUGGAAUGAUCUCAGGAUUUAGAGUACAAAAUGCAGUAAAGUCUUCUCCAAAGCUGGAGCCCUUUUAUCAGCUAUGUACAUGUGUUAAUUGCUGUCAGAGGUUCACACAACUCCUGUGAUUCUUUUUAAGCAUAUUUUCUUGUUAAAUUGUGACUUUUUAUCAGGUUAAGGGCUGUUGUUUGUUCAAUAAAAAUAAGUUAGUUUUGAUAAUGUAAAGCUCCAACUA